UGUAGGCUUGUAAACCCCACCUCUCUCAAAGGACUUUGAACAGCCUGCCUCUGUCUGUGAGGGCUGUGCGGUUCAAGUCUGCUCGUGUGAUCGGCUGCUUGGUGAUCGAUCUGGCGAACAGGCAGAAACUCCAGCAUGAUACCUUCAGUUACACUCAGCAAUGGAGCAAAGAUGCCUAUUGUAGGUCUGGGAACGUGGAGGGCAGGUGAAGGAAAGGUAACUGAGGCUGUGAAGGUUGCAAUAAGCGCUGGCUACAGGCACAUCGACGGCGCGUACGUGUACGAGAAUGAACAAGAGGUCGGGGCAGGAAUUCGUGCAAUGGUUGACCAAGGAGUGGUGAAGAGGGAUGACCUAUUCAUUGUCAGUAAGCUAUGGUGCACCUUCCACAUCCCAUCCCUGGUGAGGGGAGCCUGCGAGAAGACAUUAAAUGACCUAAAACUCGACUAUUUGGACCUUUACCUCAUGCAUUUCCCCAUGGGAGCCAAGCCUGGAGAUAAUUUUUUUCCUGCUGAUGAGAACAACAUGUUGAUUUCUGAUGGCAGCAACUUCCUGGACACUUGGGAGGCUAUGGAGGAGCUGGUGGAUGACGGCUUGGUCAAGGCCAUCGGUGUCUCCAACUUCAACAAAGACCAGAUUGAAGCCAUCCUCAACAAGCCAGGCCUCAAGCACAAGCCCGUCACCAACCAGAUCGAGUGCCACCCUUACCUGACCCAGGAGAAGCUGAUCAACUACUGCCACUCAAAGGGCAUCUCGGUGACAGCUUACAGCCCGCUGGGCUCCCCAGACAGACCCUGGGCUUCAAUUGAUGAACCGUCUUUACUGGAGGAACCGAAGAUCAAGGCCAUUGCUACCAAGUACAACAAGACAUCAGCACAGGUUCUCAUCAGGUUCCACAUCCAGAGGAAUGUAAUUGUCGUUGCCAAGUCGGCAACACCUCAUCGAAUCAGGGAAAACUUCCAGGUGUUUGACUUUGAGUUGAGUGAAGCCGACAUGAAGACCCUGCUGAGCUUGAACAAUAACUGGAGAGGAUUUGACAUUAAAUGGGCCUCAACACACAAGGACUUCCCUCUGAAUACAGAAUACUAACUCAUCAGACAACAUGCUGCCUAACUAAUGUGCUUAUCAAGACUGAGCACAAGUGAUUAAUUGUACUUAAUAACCUUGUACUGGACCAUCUGUGAAUACAUUUUUCUAUUGAUGAAUUUAUCAAAGAAUGCACUGAAACCUCUAUUGACUAAAACUCUGUCUCCUGAUAUAUUUAUAAUCUGUCCUUACUUAUUCAUGUUUUUAAGAAGUCUGAAUUACCAUUCCAUAUGAAAUAAAUUAGAGAACUGAUAAUCUAA